AUGGAGUCUUUUGAAGAACCUAGUCAGUUUAGAAGGGAUAACUUAUUAGAAGUUUCUGCUUUAAAUGAUUCCCUUUCAGAAGAUGAAGAUAUUAAAGAUACCCUUAAGCCUCGUUUCUCCCCCCUUCCCCGAAGGCGGAAUUCUGCUUCUUCAGAAGACUUGGAACCAGAAACCCCAUCUACCAUUGCAAGAAAAGUUUCGUUUGCUGAUGCAUUCGGCUUUGAUCUUGUGUCUGUUAAAGAGUUUGAUACUUGGGAAGUUCCAGCCACAUCACAAAACGAUGACUUAGAAGUUAAAGUUUUAACUGCGGAGGAAUAUUUUCUCUCUCCACUGUUUAUAUUACCUGCCUCACAAGAAGACCUUUUGCAACAAGUGCGUGUACAGAAAGUACUUCUAGAGUCAAUUGAGUUCCUACCUGGGAUAACAUGUAUGAAGGGCAUUAUUCGAGUUCUAAAUGUAUCUUUUGAAAAGUUGAUAUAUGUGAGAAUGUCACUAGAUGACUGGCUAACUUACUAUGACAUCUUAGCAGACUAUGUGCCUAAUUCUUGUGAUGGUGAAACUGACCAGUUCUUCUUUAAGAUUUCAUUGGUUCCUCCUUAUCAGAGAAAUGGAGCUAAAGUUGAGUUCUGUAUACGUUACGAGACAUCUGUUGGUACAUUCUGGGCAAACAACGAUGACAAAAAUUACAUACUACUCUGUCAUAAGAAAGAAACAGUGCAGGAGGUGGAUGAUGUAUCUCACGAAGAGGCUACUGACAAAUACAUCAAAGGUUGCUUAAAGACAACGCCAAGCAGCAAAGAAGAAAUAUUGGCAAUAUCUGAUGAAGACAUAUGGAAUAAUUCAAGGACUUCAGUGGCAAACAUCCCCGAAAUUGUUUAUUCACAUGAGAAGGACAAAGACAUUGAAUCGCAUCAUGAAAAUGUAAAAGAUAUAAAUGUUGAAUGCAAUGAAGAUAAUAAGGAAGAUAAUGAAAAAGAAUUAGAGUUUCUGCUAAGUCGGCAGUUCACAAGAACUAGAGGUACUUCUUCCAGAGAUGAAAGGAAUUUAUGCACAACAGAGCCAGUUAAUUUUCCAAAUGAAGCCCAAGGACUGGAGAAUAAGCUAACACUUAUGGAAACAGGCACUGACUUGCUCAGGGAGCCUGUGCCUAUCAGUUCCCCUUCAGAAAAUACUUUACAAGAGCUAGGAAAAGAAUUACAUGAUAACGAAAAGUAUUCCAUAAAAUAUGAUUAUAGUCAGCCAUUAGCAAAGGAACUUACUGCAGGCUCUGUAAACAAUACUGAGCAGCCUUUGGAAUGCAUUGGUACCAGUGAAAUGCUUUUAUCACAGGAUUAUUUGCCUGGAACAAUGCAAAAUGUGACUAUCCAUAUUAAAGAUACUGUCUUAAGCAGACAAGGAAUGAGCCAUGUAGAUAUUUCAAAAGGUGAAACAGAUAGUGCCUCAGGAAGCGAAAUGAUGGAGAGGUUAUUCAUCAGUGGGGAAGAUGCUGAUAUCUACAAAGAGGCCUGUGAAAUGAGACCAGAAACAAUUUCUUCAGAGCAUGAUGAAUCAAUGCAAUUAAAUACAUGCGUAACCGAAGCACUGGAUGACAAUGCUAAUCCAGCUCCAGAACGACACAUUCUGCAAACAUCUCACCUAAUGCUAACCUCGGUAUUGCCAGACAGUGACAAACAUGAAGAGAAAGGUGAGAUGAUUUUAAGCAAAGAUCAGGUACAUUUAAGAGGAGAUAUAUGUGCUGAUGCUUUUGCACAUUCUGAUAUCUCAAUAGAUUCCUCGAAAAGCCCGUAUACAGAAAAAGAAGUUGUGGCAGAAGUAUCAAAGAAAGACUAUAACUCUGAUAUAGGAAAAGAGGAGGAGGAAAUCAAGUUAGAUGAGUUAGGACUAAUUAAAGAGCAGGAGAGUGUUGACACCAUAGCUCCGAAACUUUUCAGUGUUCAUGGAAAAUAUAUUUCUGAAACAAAAACCAAAACAUUGCCAUCAGCUUCAGAUAAUAAACAUGAAGUCAAGCCUUCACAAGCAGAAGACCGGAUGAUUUCCCAUGUAGCUGAUGAAAGAAGAGCUGAAGACAGUCAUGAAUUCAAAGAGUUUACUUGGCUAAAAGAUAGGGGAAGCUCUGACAACAGAAGUCAAGGAAAAGAAAUCACAAGCUCUGUUGAAGGCAAACCAGGGAAAGAGGAAUACAGUGAGUUAAGUGAUGACUUGAGGAAAACAGACAGUAGAUACCCUGAUGCUACUCAGAGUAAAAUGACUACUUUCCCCGCUGGUUACCCAGACUUUGCAGUGACAACUGGCAAAGCAAGAGCUACAAGUACUGCGUCAUUGAACCCAGAGGAUACGCUUGAUACUAAGGAGAAUGAUCAUAAGCUUUUUGAGGAUCGAAUGUACAGCCAAGAUAAUUUCCCAAGAAACAAAAAUAUUUUGGAGACAGAUCCUUGUCAACUUCAAAUUGAGAAAUCAGACAGCGUGGUUACAGAUGAUCAAAGUAGGGCAAGGUGUGAAAAUCAAAAGUGGAGUGUUUUAGGAAGUCAACCAGUAGAAAGAGAGAGUGAGAAAAAUAGAACAGAAGAGAUUAAAGAGCAAACAGAUGGUGAAGUCACGUUGGGAAUGAGGGAUAAGACAAGGUAUUUGAAUGUUACUCCCACAGAAGAAUUGUUUACCUGCCAAGAAACAGUGAGGUGUGAAAAGUCUUCUGUAGCUGAACAUGGUAAUAUAGAGGAAGCAGAAGCAGGUACAGCUUAUAUAAUUAAAACAACAUCAGAAAGUGCUUCAGAAAAAAUGUCUGCUAGUGAAAAAGCAGUAAUUGCUAAGCUACCUCAAGAGACUGCAGUAAGUGACAGGCCCACAGAGGAAAAGGAAACAGCGUUUGAUACACAUGAAGGGAGAAAUGAUGGUUCACAUUAUACUCUUUGUCAACGCAAUACAGUGGGUGUAUUAUAUGACACCGAAUUUGAAAAGGAAUCAGUUUUAGAUAUUUAUAAUGCACAUGUACGUGAAACACUGCAAGGAGAAAUGAUGUCUGUAUGCAAUACCAAGGAAAAAGUUUCCAAAGCAGAACAUGACACUCGAAAUAAUCCACCUGUAGAGGAAACAUUACGGGCUUCUGCUGUAGAAGGAAAAGCAGGUUUGGAGCAGGAUUUAUAUUCAGAAGAAUCACCGAAAGCUCCCCCGAAUCCUGAGCAGUGUCUGUACAGUGAUGAAGCUGAAGAACUUCAUAAGGAAGAAAGCAUUUUUGGAACACUUUCCCAUUCAGGUGCCAAAGCUGAAACAAAACCACCACCCUCUGAUACAAAUAUUGUGCCCAGUUGUCAUUAUGAAAGCUCUCCAGCGACAACUUCUGAAGAGUCUAUUGAGGUGGUUACUGCGGAUGUAGAAAAUAUGGAGCAUCCAUUUACAGCCCCUGCAUUCAAAUCCAUUGCCAAUAUUUCUGCUGAGUCAGGAUAUUCUUUCAGCCUACCAAGUGAAAUGACAUGUAUUAAUAAAAACAGCUCUGCUGAGGUUGAACACAAAGAAGUUCUUGAGACUUCAGACAUGUUGACUUCAAGUGAUGGAAAAGAAAGGAAUACAGGCCAGUGUUUCCAUCAAACAGAGUUCAGACAAGAGGAGUCAUUAGGGCCAAUGAUUUUAAUUAGUGAGCCUACUGAAGAAAUAGAAGAGACAAGCUCUGAAUCUGAAGGUUUAAUAACUGAGGGAAAAAUAUUAAACUUGCCUGAUGACUCAGAGCACGAAAACCAGCACAUUUCUGAUUCUUCAGAUAUUUCUGACCAGAAAAGCGAAGCACAUAAUUUACCUAGUGAGUCUCUAGUUUUAAAGCAUAUCAGUUACAGAAUCUUUUAUUUCCUCUUGUUUGUUGUAUUUGUUGUAACAAUCUACCACUAUGAUUUAAUGGUUUGCUUUGCACUCUAUCUAUUUUCCUUGUAUUGGCUAUACUGGGAGGGAGGAAGAAGCAAGGAGUCUGUCAAAAAGGAAUAACAUUAAGUUUAAUUGUCUACAUACUGUACUUAAGGUUUGAGGUUGAUUACUUCCCCCCACCCUAAAGCAUUUUAAUUGUUAAAAGGAAAUAUUCAUUUUUAGAACCAGAGCGAGUUUUCUCCUGAAGCAUCUUUCAAAAAGGAAUACAUAUGAAGUUUGCUUCUUCAUAUAAGUAAUUAUUCUAUAUAGGACCAUUAUGUUUGGAUCAUUAAAUACCUAUAUGAAUAUGAGAUCUGAAGCACGUCAAGUUAAAAUUAAGUACAGAUGUUGCUCCUUAGCAGGCUGGGAGGUUGCAAUGCUUCAUAUCUCUGCAGUACUUAAAAACACCAUUUCUUGCAUUAAUUUCUCUUGCAGUAAAGCUUCAUGGUUUUUUCUGAGUUUUUCUAAGGUUUUAUACAGUAGAUAACAGGGGAAUGGCAUUAUGGCUAAGUCAGUACUUUAAUAUUGAUCUUGCAAAUGGUGAUCUACUACUGUAAUUAACCAAUACAUUUUGAGAGGUGAAAUUUGUUGGUAGAUUGAAUAGUUCUUUCAGUUUUUUAUUUCAUUGUUUUGAGUUAGUGCAAUAAUAAUAUUCAUAUCUGAAAAUAUCAAGCUUAGACUCCAGUAACAUUAUGUAACUUUGAAUACGUAAUACUUCAGCAGAAUAUAUUAGCUACUUUCAUACUACCGAGCUGAAGGAUACAGCUAUGAGCCUGUUAUCAUUCACUUGCACAAACAUUUAUAGAUGGGUUGUCUUCAGAUCAUAUUUAUAUAUUUUUUGUAAAUGAAGACUGUGUAACACAGCUGAAGAAUUUAAUUGAAUUCAAAAUUAUUCCAGAUAGACCUUUUGAAUGAUGUUUUUCACCAGUGUUG